AUGUUAUAUUAUGCCCAUAAGUUUGGUCUAUAUGAAAAGAUUGAGAUACUCCGUAGAUAUGGAUCUGAUAUUAAGAAGAGAUAUAGAUUUGGUUACACUCCUAUGAUAUUAGCAGACAUUGGCGGAAAUGUUGAUCUAUUCGAGAAUUUACCAAAUCAGAAGUGCAACAACUAUUUAAGAAGCCAUACUAGCACUUCAAACGAAAGCAUAGAAAUAGUAUAUCCUUCAGUCCGAUUCAGCAUACUUCAGUCUCUCAGUAUUGGUACUUUGGAGCAGUAUGAAGAUCUGUUUCAAACAUGUAUGUAUGGAGAUUUGAAAUCGUUCAACCGUAUGAAGUACGAGCAUUUUGAAUUUAAUGUAUUCUUCAAACCCACAGAUCCCUAUGUAUCAAUUUGGUUUGAACAAACUCCGUUGUUGUUAGCAAUACGGCGAGGACAUACUGAAGUAUGUAAAUUUAUUCUAAGACAUGGUGUUAAUGUGAACCUGACUUUCGAAGAACGGAAAAUUAAGAACGAUAUUUCUUUAUCUACGACUAUUUUAUAUGGAUAUACCCCAUUGUUUGCUGCAUGUCAACGAAAAGAUUAUAAACUAGUAGAUAUGCUUUUACAUAAAGUGGCAAAUUUAAACAAAGCUUUGUAUGACGCAUGCAGAGAAGGUUAUUUGGAUACUGUUCGAUUUCUUCUGCAGAAAGGAGCCAAUGUUAAUCUGAUUUGUCGGUUUGGUCAAACAGCUUUGUAUGCUGCUUGUAUCGGUGGACACUCUACCAUAAUAACAUUUCUGGUGGAUCAAGGAGCUUUUAUUGAUGCAAAAGUUAGUAGAGCAAGUAUUUUUGACGAACCUACUUGCCUACAUGCUGCAUACCUGAGUGAUAAUCAUGAUAUAGUUAAAUAUUUAAUAAAUAGAGGGGAUUAUGUUGAUGUAGUUGGUAACUUUGGGAGAACUUUGCUACAUAAAGCGUGUAGUGAUGGAAACUAUAACAUUGUUGAAAUGCUUGUUGCUAAAGGGUUUGAUAUAAAUGCAUCUGAUGUGUACGGCUCAACACCUCUCAUAGCGUGCGUGUUACAAAACAUUGAGAAUAAUUAUCAGAUACAAUAUUUAGAUUGUAUCAUGGAAAUACCUCAUUCAAUAGGUUAUUUCGAUCAACAGCAUGAAGUAUAUUUAGAACUUUAUGCAAAGGUACCCUAUUGUGAAUUGGAGUAUGAACAUCCUUCCGAAAAUCACUAUAAAAUCAUUCAGCUGCUUAUUGAAAAUGGGGCCGAUAUCAACAAGGCUGAUAAGAAAAGCAGAACACCGUUGAAUUUAGCUUUAAAGAUCGGGGAAAUGAAAUUAACUGGAUUAUUGUUACAUAAAGUGAUUAACCGAUUAAUGAGAACAGUUAACAGGAGUGAGACCAGUUUUUCUCAAAAAGGAGACGAAGUAAAUUCAAAAAGUUUAACGUGA